AUGGGUGUGCGGGGCCCCACUGUUGUGGUCAUAGGAGCGGGCAUUGCCGGGAUCGGAGCCGCCGAGAAGCUCUAUCAGAAUGGAUUCCGUCACAUUCGGAUCCUGGAGGCCACCGGGAGGAGCGGAGGACGGAUACGGACACAGAGUUUUGCAAAGGGCCUGGUUGAGAUUGGUGCCCAAUGGAUUCAUGGACCGUCUCCAGAGAACCUAGUUUUCCAGCUGUCAGCCCAGUAUAAUCUUUUAGGUCCUGAUGCUCUGCUUGAAGAGAACCAGAAAAUGGAUGUGGGAGGUCACCCUCCUGCCAUCCCUGUUAUCUACACCAGCUCUGGAAAGAAUAUCAGUAUGCCAUUAGUGAUGAAUCUAACCAGUUUGUAUUUUGAGUGGCUGGAAAAAGCUCGGAAUUUCACAAAAGAUACCUGCAGUCCAGAUGCCAGCGUGGGAAGUUUCUUACGCCAAGAGAUUUUGCGUAGCUCGAAGGAAUGGGAUAAGGACACAUGUGAGCUUAAUUUGGCAGUUUUAAGGUCAUUUCUUAAUAUUGAGUGCUGUGUCAGCGGAACCCACACAAUGGACCAUGUGGCUCUUUGUCCCUAUGGAGAGUAUACAAUGUUUCUAGGACUGGAUUGCACCUUUCCCACAGGAUUUGAAAGUCUUGUGAAUCGGAUUAAAGCAAAUCUACCAAAUGACACUGUGAUACUGAACAAAGCUGUUGAGAAAAUCUACUGGGAUGGUUCCUUCCAGGGCCGUGACUCUCGUGCAUAUCCCGUGCAAGUGCAGUGCGAGGAUGGAGAGACAUUUGUGGCGGAUCAUGUAAUUGUCACUGUCCCAUUAGGAUUCCUAAAAAAGCAUGCAGAUAAUUUCCUUAGCCCCCCUUUGCCUCUAAGCAAGAAACAGGCAAUAAAGAAUUUGGGAUUCGGAACCAUGAAUAAGAUCUUGCUGGAAUUUGAGAAACCCUUUUGGGAGCCAAACUCAUCAUAUAUUCAGCUGGUUUGGGAAGGUGGUUCUCCUCUUACAGAACCCAAGAAAGACUUAAAGAAAAACUGGAUGAAGAAAUUGUCUGGAUUUGUGGUCCUGGAACCACCAGCACAGCUGGGACAUAUUCUUUGUGGUUUCAUAGCUGGUGAGGAGUCUGAAUAUAUGGAGAGCUUAUCAGAUGAAGAAGUCCUGUUCACAAUGACCUCCCUUCUGAGACAGUUCACAGGUAACCCUGAGCUACCCCCACCCAUCAGUAUUUUGCGAAGCAAGUGGCAUAGCCAACCUUACACUGGUGGCUCCUACAGUUAUGUUGCUGUCGGCAGUUCUGGAAGUGAUAUUGACAGUCUUGCAGAGCCUUUACCCAAAGAUAAGGAUACUGCAAAGCCUUCACAGGUUCUGUUUGCGGGAGAAGCUACAGAAAGAAACUUUUAUUCUACUACUCAUGGUGCGUUGAUGUCUGGACAGAGAGAAGCACAGCGUCUAAUUGACAGAUAUCCAGAACUGGGAACUGCUGUCAGCAAGGCCAAGCUCUAA